AUGACAACCAUCCAAAGCCUGUUUCCAAAGCGCACGAGCGCGUUCGCAAUACUCGGACCUUGCCAUGGAUGCGGCACGUCACAGACGCACACCGACAUUGCCACAUUCGAAUGCUCCCUCUUCGAGCGGCUCAGUGCCCACAUGCAGGCAGACUUUGAAGCCGAAGGCCAGAUGACAUUUCUUAAAGACCGAGGUAUUUCUCUCUCGUUACGAUUGGGUCAAAUCCGCACCGAUGUCCUGAUCUUGGAGCGAAAGAUUGAAAGCGAGACCCGCGGACGCGCCGCAGCCCAGAGACGCCGGGACGAGCUCAAAUGCGAACAGGAGGAGUUGGAGAAGUUGCGCGAGGAGAUCAAAAAAGCCUUGAGGACAGGGGAAGUCAACCGAGAGGUGGCAAUACUGGGGGCCGCUGAGAUCGAAGGCGAUAUCCGAGCAUUGCAUAGGAUAAGCGGUCGGGAUGAGAAGGAUCAGUGGAUUCGUCUGCGUUUGGAGAGACACGUCGAAGAGGUGAGGGAGGAUAGAGCAAAGGCCGAGGAACUGUUCGGUCCGAACUGGGAGGAGCGCAUUGCUGAACUGGAAGCAGGCGUUUGA